AUGCGGUGCCCCGACACUACGAGACUGUCAAUAUCGGAGGCUCUCAUCAUCAUGGAGGAGGCUCCUGCUAUCAAUUUGCAGACCACCGGAUUCGUCAGGUGGGACCCCAACGGGUCCCUUCUGCAGUCGGAUGGGACCCGCCAGGGCCUUAGCUAUCGCCAGUCGUAUAGGAUCGGGUACUGGUGGUACUGGUGGUACUGGUGCGGUACUGGUGGUACUGGUGGUACGGGAGGUACUGGUGGUACUGGUGGUACUGGUGGUACUGGUGGUACUGGUGGUACUGGUGGUACUGGUGGUACUGGUGUGGUACUGGUGGUAAAAAUGGAAGACGCUGCUUGA